GACGGAGUCUAUAUAACCCCAUGGGAAUUCAUAGCCAGUGUCUAGGCUGUUUGCCCUUCUGGCCCCUGGGACAUCCCCAUCGCACCCACAGCUGCUGUUCACCCAUCUACCUGCCCCCUGAGACAAAACAUGGCACCCAAGAAGGCAAAGAGAAGGGCAGCAGAAGGAAGCUCCAAUGUCUUCUCCAUGUUUGACCAAACACAGAUCCAGGAGUUUAAAGAGGCCUUCACUGUUAUUGACCAGAACAGAGAUGGCAUCAUUGACAAGGAAGACCUGCGAGAUACAUUUGCUGCUAUGGGCCGCCUGAAUGUGAAGAAUGAGGAGUUAGAUGCCAUGAUCAAGGAAGCCAGUGGCCCCAUCAACUUCACUGUCUUCCUCACCAUGUUUGGGGAGAAGCUGAAGGGUUCUGAUCCCGAGGACGUAAUCAUUGGUGCCUUCAAAGUCUUGGACCCUGAGGGCAAGGGGACCGUCAAGAAGAAGUUCUUGGAAGAACUCUUGACCACUCAGUGUGACCGGUUCACUCCAGAAGAGAUCAAGAAUAUGUGGCAUGCUUUCCCACCAGAUGUAGCUGGCAAUGUUGACUACAAGAACAUCUGCUAUGUCAUCACACAUGGAGAGGACAAGGAAGGGGAAUAAACCCUGAUUUUUUCACCCUUGCUUUGUGGGGUAAUCCACCUAGACACCCCCAGGCUGGGGAAUUUCAUUUACGCUGGUCCCUGAUGAUCCACACUUUUGUAAUCAAACAACAAACAGAUCAAUCUGUUAUUUAUUAUCAUCAUUUGGGGAGAAAAAUUAUACCCCCCAAAGCUGACCCACUCACUACAACUAGUCUUAACCUAACUGGGACCUCACUCCAUCAAGUGUCUUAAUAAAGAUGAGGACAGCUCUGUUUCUAA